UCGAUCCCCGAUCUUCUCUUUUCUCCCGUUGUCUUUUCUCGAGCCAAACCCUUGUUGCACAGUAGAGAUCUUAUCAAACUAAUAACCUAACAGCAAUCUCUCUUUCAGGUUCUCACUAUCACCACCCACCAUGACAACAACGUCCUCUUCUACUAGUAUCGACAAGACCCAGAAGGUAUCUCUCCAGGUGCCGACGACGACUGAUGUUCCUCCCUUUUUUGCGGGUCUUCACACGUCCUAUAUUGCCGGUUUGGCGGAAAAGCUGGAUGCCAAGACGAGCUACGAAGGAGCCGUGACGGAGCAUUUGCGCAUGAGUGGCGUGUACUGGUCUUUAACGGCCUUGUCACUGUUGAAGUCUCCGGAAGAAGUGGAUGUCAUUAUGGGCUUGACGGCUCCCACGGCGGGUCGUCCCAUAUCGAUUGUCGAUUGGGUCUUGCAAUGUUACGACAACCGCAGUGGAGGAUUUGGUGGCAAUAUUGGUCAUGAUGGUCAUUUGUUGUACACGCUGAGUGCGAUUCAAAUACUGGCAUUGGCCGAUCGAUUGCAAGACGAGCGAUUUCUAAACCUGAAAGAGUCUGUCAUUGAUUUUGUGGCCGCACGACAACAACCCACCGAUGGAUCCUUUACGGGAGAUGAAUGGGGAGAAAUUGAUACGCGAUUCACAUACUGUGCGCUAUCCAGUCUCUCCAUUUUGAAAGCACUCGAUCGCGUCAAUGUGACCCAAGCGGCGGACUUUAUUUUGUCGUGUCGCAAUUUUGAUGGAGGUUUUGGAUGUACGAUUGGUGCCGAGUCCCAUGCCGGACAAGUAUUCACGUGUGUGGGAGCACUUUCCAUUGCCAAAUCGUUGCAUAAGUUGGACGCCGACUUGCUAGGGUGGUGGCUCGCCGAACGACAAUGCGACUCGGGAGGUCUCAAUGGUCGGCCCGAAAAACAAGCCGAUGUUUGCUACUCCUGGUGGAUUCUAUCCGUCUUGAGCAUUACCGGACGAGUGUCCUGGAUCAAUCGCGACAAACUGGCCACUUUUAUCCUCAAAUGCCAAGAUGACGAGGAUGGAGGGAUUGCCGAUCGACCUGAUGACAUGGCCGAUAUCUUUCAUACUUUUUUUGGAAUAUCGGGUUUGAGUUUGUUGGGACAUUUGCAUGCUGCUAUCCCAGAGUGUGCGCCAUUUCGACAAAUUGAUCCGGUCUAUGCACUUCCUACGGAUGUGGUGCAGAAAUUAGGGCUGCAGGGACAAAUCAUGGUGGCGCAAGAGGGAGAUUCCGUUGAGGAGCGUCUUCAACAGUAUGAUACUCUGACGUCGCAGCACAAACUCUUUCAAUAGGCUUUGAUAAACUACUGGAUAGCUAGAACGGUUUGAUUAGAAACCAAA